ACACACCGCCCGCUAGGGGGAGAGGCAGAGAGUGGGCGGCUCCGGGCCGCGAGAGGAGCUCACCCCAGUACUUACUCCUAUGAACCCCCACAUACACUGACGGCUCCAUGGAGAAACGAAGGCUGGAGUGUCCGGCGCUGCCGGCGGGAUGGAAGAAGGAGGAGGUGAUCAGGAAGUCCGGUCUCAGCGCUGGCAAGAGCGAUGUCUAUUACUAUAGUCCAAAUGGUAAGAAAUUCAGAAGCAAGCCUCAGUUGGCAAGGUACCUGGGAAACAGUGUUGAUCUCAACAGUUUUGACUUCAGAACGGGAAAGAUGAUGCCCAGUAAAUUGCAGAAGAACAAACAGAGACUAAGAAAUGAUCCUCUCAAUCAAAAUAAGAGUAAACCAGACUUAAACACGACGUUGCCUAUUCGACAAACUGCCUCAAUCUUUAAACAGCCAGUAACCAAAAUUACCAACCACCCCAGUAACAAAGUGAAAUCAGACCCCCAGAGGGUGAUUGAACAACCCCGGCAGCUUUUCUGGGAAAAGAGGCUGGAGGGACUCAGUGCCUCAGAUGUAACAGAACAAGUCCUGAAACCCAUGGAGCUUCCUAAAGGCCUUCAAGGUGUUGGGCCCAGAAAUAAUGAGGAAACUCUCCUUGCAGCAAUCGCAAGUGCUUUACACACAAGCUCUGCACCAAUCACGGGGCAGCUCUCUGCAGCUGUAGAAAAGAACCCAUCCGUAUGGCUAAACACAUUCCAGCCACUUUGCAAAGCUUUUUUAGUUACAGAUGAAGAUAUACGGAAACAGGAAGACAAGGUGCAGAAUGUCCGAAGAAGAUUAGAAGAAGCCCUAAUGGCUGAUAUCCUAGCACGAGAUUCGGAAGCCUCUCAGAACUCAGACAUUUAUAUGGACAGCAGGGAUGAUUAACAGUCUCAUCAGGUGCCUCAGCUGUUAAGAACAGCGACACGUCUCCUAUGCAAAGAGAGAGACAUCCCUCGGCCUUUCUGAGAAGCAAUUCCAUUUUGUCUUAAAGCAACACGCCAAUGCCUUCCUGGGAUACCAUGUAUGUUGUACAUAGCUAUACUAUUAUGACUGUGGAAAUCUUUAUUUUGUGUCCAAAAUGUCCACAAUUUUUAAAUAUAAAGCAAUAUUAUUGUAAAAAGAAGACUACGUUUUAGAUAUCAGAGCACAGUCAGCUGGUAUUCUAAAGCCAAUAUUUUAUUUGUGUACUUAGCAGAGAUAGCUGUGCAGUUCUAUAGAGAUUAUCAUCUUGUGUCAUAUACGUUUUUAUAGCUCACUUGAGAAGAUUCCGUUGACUGUUUAGGACACUGUCCAACUGAAACCCAGUGGACCGUACACGGGACUAUUAUGGUCCCCACACUUCACAAGGGCCUUUAUAGACUGCUCUGUACGACUUUCAUGGACCCGUUAUAAUGAAUACAGCACACUGGGAAGGGACAAGUUGGGCAGCACUGGUUUGGACAGUCUCUACA